CGCAACGUAUGCCUAAAUCAGAAGUCCAGCUUCGCGCCAGUGAUGCUGGGGAUCAUAAACCUGUGUAUGGCUGAACAUCUAUAAAGUUGCGAUGUACUGCCCCGCCAAAAACCAAUCAUCAUGAAGUUCGCAACAACACUAGGCUGCGGUCUCCUUGCAUUCGCUGCAGGUACCGAAGCCUGUAUUCGAGUCCACGCGUACCUCAGCAAUGAUAUCGUCAUCGGUGACCGCAUGAGCAUUAAGAUCUACGAUAACUACGACCUCAAAUGUUCUGAUGGAGAAGCAAAACGGUUCGCUAGCGGAGAAACCAAAUGGGAAUUCAAAUGCGGCGAAGACGAUCGUUACGAAGUCCAUCUUACUGAGGAUGGCCACAAGGGCUAUGUUUGGAACCACAACGCCGGCUGGGAAGCGGACUUGAUUUUGAAGGAUUCUAAGCACACUUCCGUAUGUCAGUAUAGGACUGGGCUGAACGAUCGGUGCGCUGGAUAUGUCUCCACCGACGAGUCUGUGCUCUGGGACGGAUUUGAGAUCGUCGGACUUGGGGACUGCGAUGACAAGCUGUUCAACACUGAGACAUGCGGAGCGAAUUGCGACAUCUCUGAGAAGGACACUCCUUGCGGCUUCGACUAUAAUGGCCGUUGUGUGCCGAUCAUUGCCUGAGAUACCCUGUGUUUUGAAGCUUGAAGAUGAUGGGGUUUCCCUAAUGGAUGAGGGAGCGUUGAAUUUGUGCUGGUAGUGGGAUGCAUUGCAUUUCUUAAUAAUACUAUAUUCACUAUGAGGCUGAAUAGGACCAACUUCCGUAUUUUUAAGUAUCUAAGUAUAGCAAAUACAAAAUGGAUUGAUA